UCACAAAGUUCCACGUCAUUUUUUCAAACAUCAUCCACGUUCCACAACUUGACUGCUGAACAGCUGUUUCAAUUGUUUUGUUUACAUGGAGAAAAGUGUGAUAAUUGCCAAUUCAGCCGCUUCGUGUUUGAUUGAUAACCAAAUAUUUUGCGGAAAGUAAUAAAAUAUUCGCCUUGCUAUGACAAUUCUAAUUUGCAUAAGUGACUUUGCCAAACAUCAAGAAUUCUUAGAGAUUGAUAACAACAAUAACAUAAUAACAGUGCCAAGAAAAUCACUGUGGAGGCGUGUGAAAUCGUUGCGUGCAUCUAACCAAUCCAAUGGUGGUGAUUAUGCACAGAUAGAUAACAGUGCACGUACAUUGCGACGUUUAUCGAUAGAAAUUGAUGGCAUCAACGCCUUCUACCUCGUGCGUGAACUACACUUGUUUACCCAAUUUCGUAUGCAACUUAGCACGAAUCCUGCAUUACGUGACGCUGAUAUACUUUGGCUGCAACUCCGACCUCCAAAAAAGGAAGUUAUCGACUACAAAUGGAAUCGUAUUCUGUCCCAUACAUUAUGGGAGCGCAUUGAGGUGGAGUAUCUAAUGUCAUGGCUAUCUACACUGGGUGGCGGUUACUCUGCACUUGGCGAACAAUUUACCAGAUGUGCGGAGGUUGCUGGUAAAAUAUCUUUACGACAACUACAUAUUGGUCUACGAGUAGGUGAUCCAUUCCUUCAGGCACGAUGCAAAUUGUAUUACAGUAUCUCACUGAUACAAACCGGUCGUCUAAGACAAGCUAAAUAUAUUAUACGUGAACAAUAUAAAUUCGCUAGAAAGCAAAAGGAAGUGGAUGGACGCUUGGUAAAAAUGUGCCAAGGCAUUUGGUUGCGUCUGCAGUACGAGUAUGGAAUGCGCUUAAAAAGCAUAAAGCAUUCACCAGUCUCCUACAUUAGUUCAGGGGAUAAGUGAUAUUACCAUCGAGGGUUUUUGAUUUUUGAUUUUGGUUAUGCCUAUGAAAAAGUAUUUUACUAACACAAUGUAAUGCUUGAGUUUUGUAAAUGGGUUUAAAGUUCAGUAAUUGUAUUAAAUAUUACACCAAUUUAAAUACAUAUGUAUAUAUGUGCAUCCAGGUUUGGAUUAUAACUUUUAAUAGAAAUAUGAGGAAAAUAAUGCAAACUAGAGUUGGGUACUUUAAUUCUUUUAAGUGAACCGUUCCGUUGGUUGUAUUUCGUCCACCUUAGUAAACUAGUUCCUUAAACAAAUUUCAAUUAUUUUUAAUAUUAUACAUUCUACAAACAAAACAAAAACUUAAAUAUUGCUGUGCAAUAUCAUUAAAUCAGAAAGCUUAUUUGAUUUUAGAAGCAUAAUAUUUGCAAAAAAACUGGUUAGCAUGAACUAGUUCUUUCGUUCAUUGAGAUGACCUAGUUCUUUAGUUAAAAUCAAACAAGCUUUCUUAUUUAAUGUUAUUGUACAGAAAUAUUUAAGUUUUAGUUUUGUAUGUAGAAUGUGUGAUAAUAAAAGUAAUUGAACUUUGUUUAACAUAAAAUUCGUCAAUUAAAUUAAAUGAACUAAGGAACUAGUUCACUAAGGUGAACGAACUACAACUAAACGGUUCACUUAAAAGAAGUAAAGUGCCUAACUCUAAUGGGGCUACACGAUGGUUCGUGCCAAGAAUAUAUGGAUUGCGAUCCAAAA